AAGUUUUGUUGCAGAACGAAAAUGAGGUUUGGUCUUUCAAUGACCAAGGCUGUUUCUGUUUUUGUUUUUGGAUUUUUGGUUCUCAACUGCUGUGUGAACUUUGGAUCACACGCUCAGCUUUUGCCUGACGAAGAAGUGAGUGCUCUCCAAGCAAUUUUCUCAAAACUGCAGGUUAAAAAUAUUCGAGCGAACUCAACUUCUUGCACUGACCAUGAAUGGACUGAUUACGAUGGUUCAAAUGGAAGCAAUAUCACUUGUGAUUGCACCCAGAACAACAAUACUGUUUGUCAUGUCACUAUCAUCUUUCUUAAGGGCCUAAAUUUAGCUGGAGUUUUUCCAGAAGAAUUUGCAAAUCUCACUCUUCUGAGACAAAUCGAUCUUGCCCGCAACUAUAUCAAUGGAACAAUCCCUGCAAGAUUGGCUCAGCUCCAAAAUCUUACCAUUUUGUCUGUUCUAGGAAACCGUGUUGGCGGUUUACUUCCCCAGGAAAUUGGUGAUUUUUCUUCACUGGAGGAGCUGGUCUUGGAAGCUAAUGAAUUUGAAGGACCUAUUCCUGAGAGCCUUGGAAACGUGAGGAGCUUAAGGAGAAUUCUUUUUUCUUCAAACAAUUUUGCGGGAUCAAUACCAGAAUCAUUUGGCAACCUGACAAACUUACAAGAUUUUCGGGUAGAUGGAAAUAACUUGACAGGGAAGAUACCUGAUUUCAUUGGGAAUUGGACUAAUAUGACCAAACUUGAGAUGCAGGGAACCUCCAUGGAGGGACCUAUUCCUUCCUCUAUAUCACGGUUGACGAAGUUAACAGAACUGAGGAUUUCUGAUUUGAAAGGAUCAAGUUCGCCUAUCCCCAAUUUGCAGAAUAUGACUGAAAUGGAAAGAUUGGUACUGAGGAAUUGCUUGCUUAAUGGUACAAUCCCACAAUAUCUUGGGGAUAUGACAGCUUUAAAACUUCUAGACUUGAGCUCCAACCAGUUGACUGGUGAAAUUCCUGGAACACUUCAGAGUUUGGCUGCCAUAGAUUUUGUUUUCCUCGGCAACAACUCAUUGACUGGAGCAGUUCCCGGUUGGAUACUAAAUGGUGACAAGAAAUGGGAUUUAUCUUAUAACAAUUUUUCGGAGCCAUUUACAGCUAGUUGCACACAGAGCAAAGUGAAUGUAAUCUCCAGUCUUCCAUCCUCUGUGAGCAACUCAAAUUCUUGGUGCUUGACGAAGGACCUUCCCUGCCCCGAAAAAGCCACACACUAUUCCUUGUUCAUUAAUUGUGGAGGAAGUCUCUUGAGUUCUGGGGGCGACAGUUAUGAAGAGGACCUCAGCACAGAAGGCCAAUCAUUCUUUUCUUCGGUAGGCAGAAAAUGGGCUUAUAGCAGUACUGGGGUUUUUACAGGCAAUGAAAGUAUUAGUUACUUGGCAUCAAGCCCAAGCCGUCUGAAUGUGAGUGGUGAAGAAUACUACAAAACUGCACGCCUAUCACCGCAAUCACUUAGGUAUUAUGGCCUGUGCAUGCGACAAGGCAGUUACAAUGUGAAACUGCACUUUGCUGAAAUUAUGUUUACGAAUGAUCAGACAUUCAGCAGCCUCGGAAGGCGAAUAUUUGAUGUUUCAAUUCAGGGGGAGGUAGUUUUAAGUGACUUUAAUAUUAUGGAGGAAGCUGGAGGCGCUGGUAUUGGCAUCACCAAGGAAUAUAAAAAUGUCACAGUAAGAGGCAGCACUUUGGAUAUCCAUUUAUACUGGGCAGGGAAAGGAACUGCUGCCCUUCCGGCUAGAGGUGUCUAUGGACCUCUUAUAUCUGGUAUCACUGUGACACCAAACUUCGAAGUUGACACUGGGGGUUUAUCAGUCGGAGCCAUUGUUGGCAUCGUAAUUGCUUCAUGUGUAGUUCUCAUACUGGUGGUGUUGGUUAUACUAUGGAAGAUGGGUUACUUGUGGGCAAAAGACCUUGAAGACAAAGAACUCCGUGCUCUUGAUCUUCAAACUGGUUUUUUCACUCUAAGACAACUUAAAUCUGCUACCCAUAAUUUUGACCCUGAAAAUAAGAUUGGUGAAGGAGGAUUUGGGCCUGUUUACAAGGGUACAUUGGCGGAUGGUGCUGUAAUUGCUGUGAAGCAGCUCUCCUCCAAAUCAAAGCAAGGAAAUCGUGAAUUUGUGACUGAGAUAGGCAUGAUAUCUGCUCUACAGCACCCAAACCUUGUGAAGCUUUACGGCUGUUGUAUUGAAGGAAAAGAGUUAUUGCUAAUAUACGAGUACCUGGAAAACAAUAGUCUUGCUCGUGCACUUUUCGGUAAACCAGAACAACUGCUCAACUUGAACUGGGAAACAAGAAUGAAGAUAUGCAUAGGUAUUGCAAGGGGAUUAGCUUAUCUUCACGAGGAAUCAAGGUUGAAAAUUGUUCACAGAGACAUAAAGGCAACCAAUGUGCUGCUUGACAAAGAUCUAAACGCUAAGAUAUCUGACUUCGGUUUAGCUAAGCUUGAUGAAGAAGAGAACACCCAUAUUAGCACACGUAUAGCUGGAACAAUGUAA